AUGAGUCAUUCCUCUCAUUUUGAUCCUCCUCGCGGGGUAUUCACUUUACCUACGCCUUGUGAAUUGACUAACCCAUUCUGGGAUGUUAUAAAAACUUCUGAACAUUUUAAUUUACAAAGAACCAAAGCUUCAAACAUAAACUCUUUUUAUAGAGGAGUUAUUGGUACCAUUCAAAACGUAUUUGAUACAAAGCAACCACCUUUUCGAAUCGUUUUUAGAGCUGAACCAACUAGUACUUCUUUACAAAUUGCUGUCUCCCAAACUGAAAAAGGGAUUAACGAAGCUUGGAAAUGGAUUGAAGAUAGUUUAUUUUUGGGAUUAACUAAACUUGAUGAUCCUGGUGAAAAAGAAAAUUAUGUAGUAACAAAAAUAAAUUCAUUGGUUACUCGUCAAGAUAAAGGAACUGAUGAAGUUUCCGAGGAUGAAAGUGUUCGUGCCGCAUCCAGAGCUUUUCGACAGACUUUCGAUAUUGCUCCUACAGAAAGGCUGGUCAAUUUUUAUUCCUGUGCAUAUCGUAGUAUAAUUCAAGAGUUAAAAGAUAUCCAAGAUUUAUUAAAAGAAAGAUCGAAACGAGGAAUGGUUGCAGAUUCCAUCAAAGUUAUCACAAAAGAUAGCCAAGAGCAUUUUUUUUCUAACCUUUUUCACCGUGACGAGACUUAUGAUACUUUAAUGCAGUUAACAAGUCAAUCUAUGCAGAGAUUACUUAAAAAUGCAGCCAUAGAGCCAGCACCUGGAAAGUUUUUGUUUGACUCCAGUUUUGAGCCUAAUUCUGAUAAAGAUAAAUCAGUGUUAAAAUUUAAUUCAGUUGUGCCUUGUUCCCCAAUGGUACCACCAUUAAAGAAAGGGCUCGAAGAUCAGAAAAGGGAUAAAGAAUUUCAAUUGUAUUUUAAUCUACCCACAACUGAGCAUCUUAUGGAAGAGUGUUCUUGCGAAUUUUCAACUUUAGAGAUGAAAGAAUACAUAAACGGAAAACUUCAACUUUCUGAAGGUUACCUCACCUUUGUAGCUGAUAAUGCAAAAAAUUGUAGCUUUAUUCUGCCAUUGUAUACUGUCAGAAGAGUUGAACGACUUAAUAGCAGAACAAAUAUUUUUGCACUUUCAAUAUCGAAUUGGCAUCAAAUGAAAUUAACAUUACAAAUAAAUGGAAACAAAGCACUUUGUGAUAAAUUUUGUAAUACACUUCGAGAUAAUCUUAAGCAACAGGUACGUCACAUGAAGCACCUAAGGUCAUUUUUAAGUACUUGUUUUUCGGAAGCUUUACUUGUGGACCCGAAAAAAGAUAUUUCAGUUGGUGGGUUAGGAUUAAUAUUUGGAUUUCCUGGUGAUGCUAAAAAAUUAAGGGAUAAGUAUAAGACAAAGCUUUGGAUUGAAUAUUUGCAGACGCAUGGCAGGAAUUUGACUCUGAUAAAAAAUCCAUAUUUUUAUAAACUUGUUCGUGUUGGAUUACCGAACAGACUACGUGGAGAAAUUUGGGAACUUUGUUCUGGAGCAAUGUUUUUACGAUUUGUAAAUGAUGGGAUGUAUGAGAAAUUACAGAAAGAUUACGCUGGCAAAGUUUCGCUUUCAACUGAAGAGAUUGAAAAGGACUUGAAUAGAUCUCUUCCUGAAUAUACCGCUUAUCAAACAAAAGAAGGGAUAAAUACUCUGAGAAGAGUAUUAACAGCUUAUUCCUGGAAAGAUCCCGAAUUAGGUUAUUGUCAGGCCAUGAAUAUUGUUACAUCUGCUAUUUUAAUUUACAUGAGUGAAGAACAAGCAUUUUGGAUAUUAAGUGUAUUAUGUGAUAGAAUGUUACCAGGAUAUUAUAGCACAUCAAUGUAUGGUGCUAUCCUGGAUCAGUUAAUAUUUGAACAUUAUGUUCAAAAUAAAAUGCCUGUGCUUUAUGAGCAUUUCCAAAACGUUGAUGUCCAACUGUCUGUCGCUUAUCUUCCUUGGGCCCUCGAGUAUUAUUCCAGAUUGGCUAUUCUUAAAAUAAAUGGAGAUGAACUUUUGACAAUCACCGAUGAUGGACAAUUCAUACAUGUAUUAAAACAAUACUUUGGAGCAUUGGAUCAGCCUGCUCAUCCAAAAAAUAAGAAUGAAAAGACUCGAGAAACUACAAAAUUUAAUGAGUUGAUGAUGGUAGCUUUUAAAGAAUUUUCAAGUAUUACAACUGAGAGUGUAACGGAACUUCGUAGAACACAUCAGCUUAAAGUCGUUCAUAAUAUCGAAAGUUAUACAAAGCGAGGACAAAUUAGAAAUUUGAAGGAUACUUCGAAAUUUUCAAAAAAUGAUAUUUCUAUUAUUUAUGACAAAUAUUAUAAUGCACAAUUCUAUGGUAAACAAAAAAGUGAGCGAAAUGACUCUCGAAUGGAUUUGAAUACAUUUUAUCGAUUUUUAGGAAAUAUAGCUGGUUGGGCAAAAUUAGACGAUGAUAACCUUACAAAGGAAAAUGGAUCACCGAGAGAUAAUCAAGGACGAAGAUUAGUAGGAUAUGAAUUUAUUAAUAAGUUAUUUAUUCAUUUCGAUCGAAGUACAUCUGGCGGACUCUCUCUUCAAGAUGUUGUAUUAGGGCUUGGAGAAAUUGUUUUUGGAGAUCUCUUGUCACGAAUGGAAUUGUUUUUUAAUUUACAUGAUAGUGACAAGGAUGGAUAUCUAUUUAAGGAAGAGAUAUUACAAAUGUCGGAAAGUUUCCUAUUUAUAUUUAGAAAUCGUCAAGAUGAUGGUCAUUUAGGUUCUGUUUCAAAUUUUAUAAAAAAUGCUUUUGAAUAUACAGAAUCUAUGGGUGAAACUAAUGGUGUUCCUGAUCCACAUUUGUCUAAAACGAAUGAAAUAGGAAAUUUAUUGACGGAACAUGAAGAACAUAAUACGAGAAUGUCAUUACCAUCAUUUCGUAUGAUAAUAUUAGCAGAUGGAUAUCUUGAAGAAUUUUUUGAUUCAGGAUUUGCAACAACAUUCCAAUUUAUUGAGCCGACAGAAGAAAGAUCAAAAGGACUUGGAAGAGAAAUAUUUAAUGCAUUAAUGACAGAUGGCAUGAAAUUAGCAGGGAAAUUUGGUAAAAGGCUUAAUAAUGCAAGACCUAAAUCUUUUAGUUCACCAGAUCGAAAAUCUUCAAAUUCAUCAUCAAAAAAAUACAGUAUGAAUUCACCAGCUCAAUCAACUACAUCAAUAAUGAAUUCAAAUAAUACGACAGAAAGUGCUAAUGACAACAUUAAUCUUAAUAAUAGUUCAUCAUUAUUAAUACCAAGAAGUAAUUCACAAGAUUCUUUUGUUUCAGUUGAAUCACAAAAAUCUAUAUUAAAAGUACAAGGAAAUGACUCUCCUGUUUCAUUUUGUUCCGAAGAAGAAGAUGAUGGACUUAUGCAAGAAGUUGAUAGAUUAUUAAGUGAAUUUAGCAUUGAUGAAGCUGAUCAUGAUAAUAGCAGUGCUUUGUCAAUUGAUAUGCAAGAUAAUACGAGUUUACUUGAAGACGAUGAUGUUGAUAAAUUACUUCAAGACAUAUAA